GUAAGGUGAACAAUUAGCAGUAUCGAGGUAAUUCCGUCGAACCCCUUCUCGAAGUUCUAAGCUGAGUCAUUUCAAAGUGGAACACAGACUACGCGCUGACCUGAACGUUUGUCCUAAAAGCAAUGCACACCGCAAAAACCUAAUAAUAGAUCAGCGCGGUCGAGUCACACCGUCAACAAAGAGAGCGAGAGCACACCAGGCACCAAAGCAACAGGGGAAAAACAUCAGUGCAAAUCACGGCAGCACAAAGAUAGCCCGAGCGCUAAAAAAAAAAAGCACGCAGCGGAGCAAAAACACACAACCGUUCUCGGACGCUUCUCAAAGCGGACUGAAGGGGGUGGUUCAAAAUGGAGCAACAACUGUAUGAAAGCGAAAUUAAGUCGGGUGGCCACGGUGAAAAAUUCCAAACAGACAUUGCCCUCGCACUGUCGCUGCGUAUGCGGGAAUUAAGUUCCACUACAAGGAUGGCGUAUGAAAUGAAGAUGGCCGACAAGUUUGACGAUGUUGUGUUGAUUGACGAUACAAACGAGGAGAUCCACUUAAUUCAAGCAAAACACGCUGAUACCAAGGAUGAACAGGUUAAAAUUGUCGAUCUGGAUGCCCUGUUUCCGACCGGAAAUAGUGCCAAACGCAACGGAGACUUUGAUUUAUGCAAGUAUGCCAAAUCCUACUUGAGUGUGACUGGAAGAUUGGAGCCAAGGGAGUACAAGAAGAUGUUUUACAUCUUCACCAAUAAGGAUCUGAAACAGACCGAUAACGAGUGGGUGAAGAUCGAAGAACGAGAAGUAAAUGAAAUCCUACGUUUUUCUGGAUCCAGUGCCAGAAACCUAGAACUUAUUCCAACCGAGAAGGCUAUCGACGAGAUGUGCGAUUACAUCAACAAAGAUUUCAUUGCGAUUAAAGAUGCGAUCAAAGAGUUCUUUCAUAGCGGAACGAUCAGCCAAAUGUUCAUUCACUAUUGCACUCCAUUGAAAGACGUUAUGAUCAUAGACCGGAAAAAGUGUCGCUUUGCCGGCGACUUCAAUGCUGAAAAUACAAAGCCCAAUGUUGCCAUGCUAUACACUAUGUUGCAAAGCGAUCAGGUUGAUAUGGAGAAAGAAGUACCCGCCAACAAUAAUUUCCUGGCGAAAGACUCAAGGAACAAACUUUUGCCACCAUUCGUUGGUGAGGAUGACAUUCGUGACUUCUUUCGCGAUUUGACUCUAUCGGUGGGUCAACCGAACGAUUUGCGGCCUAUCAUCGUUGGUGAACUACUGGCUUGGAUGAAGACGUGGAUCCAGCCGGACAUUCUCGGUCAGCUGGGGGAAAAAGACUUGGAGCAGGUGUAUAUCGACCUGGAAGCUUAUUUUGCCAACUGUAACAAACCUGUUAACGAAAAUAGGAAGCGCUUUUUGACCAAGCAAGAUAUAGAACAAUGCUUUGGACAAAUAAAGCGUGAAAUGCAGACGGGUGUGAUAAAGCGCGUAAUGCCAGAGGCAGAAGAGUGGCAAAUUACGUUUAUUAACCGCCAUAUAAAGUACGAAGAGGUGGCAUUAGAGCCAACCGGUAAAUUAUUAGGAAAGGCAACAGAUAAGGAUAGGACUAGCACAAUAGCUCGACAGAUAAGUGAUAUUAGAUUUGUUGAAGAGCUUCGAGGAAGAUUAAAAAACCAGCAACAUAUUUUACUUGUAGCAGACCCCGGUAUGGGAAAAACCAGAUUACUGCAGUUUUUGGCGUUUGAAGUUCAAAAACAAAACCAAUCUGCAGUAUUCUUGAUGUAUUUAAGAACACUUUGUAAUGAACUCAACAAAAUAGAACAAGUAUCAAGCUUAAACGAUGUCCGGGGAAUUCUCAGCGCUGUUCUUUCAGAGAAUAACUGUAAUCUCAUCCUAAAUGCCCCGGAAAGGCGAAAUGACGAAGGAUAUUCCAUUAUUUUAGCAUUGGAUGCAUUUGACGAAAUACAUUCCAAAUACACCGAGAAAGUAAUUAGUAUACUCGAACUGCUCAGUUUGAAAAAGAGUAUUCAGUUCAUAAUCAGCUCGAGACUCCACGUGCAGGAAUUAUUGCAAAGUAAGUUCGAUGUGAAGCUAAUAUAUCUAGUCCCUUUUCAGCGUGAGGACCAGAUCCGGUACUUGAAGAAAAUAUGGGUGAAAAAGAGUGUUGAUGAGAAAGUUGUUGAAAACUUUUCGGAACUUCUUUUAAAAAAAUAUCAUUCCAGCAUUUUAUCCAACUUCAGUGAAAUUUCCGGGUUGCCUCUGAUGAUGCGAAUGCUCGCUGAAAUUUACUCUAACAAAUUCGAACAAUUUAGUUCAGCAGGGAAUUUCGACAAUAUGAGAUCGUUUGAUUGGUCAGAAGAUAUAUUGAAUAUUGUACAACUUUUAGAGCAUUUUGUCAGUAAAUGUUUUCACAACAAAAUUGUAGCGAAAUUUAAGUGCACGGUUGAUAUCAACGAUGCUGAGUUCAAUUCAAUAAUUGACGUGUAUAUUUUGGAACAUCAACUGCUAGCGAUAAGGCUGCUAGACAUUGAAAUGCUCAUGGAUUUAUUCACGAAGCCGGAUUAUAAGAAAAAAUAUGACACAUUCAAAAGUCGAUGUGAGCAGGAUGCAGAAAAAUCUAUUUUGGUGAAGGUAGUCAACAAUGAUGUUCAGUUCUGCCAUUUAUUAUUUGGUGAAUACUUCGUAGCAACAUAUCUAAGUGACCACAUUUCCGAGUUGAAACCAAACUUAUUGAUCAACGUUCUAUCUCAACGCGAUUUUAUUAGGAAACUGACACUGAUCAAGCUUGGAGAAGAGGAAAACUGCUCCGAGACUUUAAACGAUUUGUGCCGGCUAAACUGGAACGUAGCUUUGUGGGCCUGCGAGAGUGGUUGUCUGAAAUUGGUUUCAUCCCUAAAAGUUGAAUCGUUCUCCAGUCAUCAACUAAACAAUAUGUUAAAUGUCUCUGCGAAAUGCGGAUAUUUCGAAAUAUGUAAUUUUCUAAUUGGUUACAAUGCAAAUCUCGAUAAAUGCACUGCGCUGCAUUCUGCCGUUGAGAAUGGUCAUGUUAGUGUGGUUCAAUUGCUGCUCAAGUGCAAAGUGGACCCUAACAAUCGCAGAUACUACGGCGAAACGCCACUUCACAUCGCUGCACUGAAUGGCCAUGCGAGUGUUGUGAAACUCUUGGUAGAAAAUAAUGCAGACCUAAACGAGUUGGACGAAGAUGGAAGGACUGCACUUCAUUAUGCAAGCCGCAAAGGAAAUGUGGAAACGGUUCAACUCUUGAUUGAUCGUGGUAUGAACACUUCCUCUCGGUCAAUCCACGAUGUAACUCCACUUCACAUUGCUGCGGAGAAUGGCCAUCCGAGCGUUGUUAAAUUGUUGAUAGAGAACAAUUCGGACCCAUACGCGAUGGACAGUAAAAAUUGGGGUUCCCUCCAUUAUGCAAGCCGAAACGAAAAUGUGGAAACGGUAAAAUUCUUGAUUAAUCAGGGUUUCAACACCAACUGUCAGACAUUCAUUGGUCAAACUGCACUUCACAUCGCUGCACUGGAUGGCCAUGUAAGUGUUGUGAAACAGUUGAUAGCGAAUAAUGCGGACCCAAAUCGGAUGGACAACUACCAAUGGACUGCACUUCAUUUUGCAUGCUAUAACGGAAAUGCGGAAAUGGUCAAAUUCUUGAUUGAUCAAGGUAUGGACACUUGCUCUCGGACAAACUUCGGUGUAACUCCACUUCACAUUGCAGCACGGAAGGGCCAUACGAGCGCUGUGAAACUCUUGGUUAGGAACAAUUCGGACCCAUAUGAGAUGGACGAUUAUGACUGGACUGCCCUCCAUCAUGCAAGCCAUAAAGGAAAUGUGGAAACGGUGCAAUUCUUUGCUGAUCAAGGUGUUAAUCAGGAAACCAGUGGUAUAAUUGCACAUUUCUGCACUGCAUUCAAUAGAAUGUUUCUCUGGGCAAAGUUGACUGAUGAGCACAGCUUUUUAUUCAUUUUUUUUUUCCUUGAUUUGUUUUCCGUCAAUCUUCAUUUCCAUACUGAGUACCUAUGCUACCCACACCAGGAAGGCAGCUCCCACAGCUGGACCCUACCUAUCGACCCAUCAACUCAUGAACCGGGGACCAACGGAUUUACUUCCCUUCCGAAUCAUAUUAUGUUUCCGGAUUGCUUAUUCAUUUUAUAUAUUUUUGUUAUUUUAAUAUUAUUAUACUUUUUCAUCUAUGUUGACUUUACCGAACUUUGGAUUUCUCCAUUAGAAAUGAACUGUAGCAUUAGGAAUAAACUGUACACGCUAAUCAAAUACCAUGAAUAUCAAUUGCAAGAGUGGAUCCUCUGCAUGUUUUUUUGCAAACAAUGUAAUGACGGUUCUUGCUUUGGACUGUAGCGUAUAAACAAGGUUCUUAUAGAAUAAAUAUUUUCGUACAAAACCUUUGUGAGAUGAUUUCCUAGCAGCAGUGCAUUUGAAGAAAUAAACUUUGUUCGAAAAAUAGGCUAAUAUAAAAAUAAAAAAAUAUAUAUAUAUAAUAAAAAAAAACCCUGA